AUGACGAAAAGAAUUGCAUUUACCGUGCACGGAAGAGUCCAGGGUGUCUGCUUUCGUGACUUUACUCAGAAGAAAGCAAGAAGAUACGGCGUCACAGGCUAUGUUGUGAAUACAUCUGACGGCAAAGUCAAAGGCGAGGCCCAGGGCGAUGCAGAUGCACUAAAGAAGUUGACGGCGGAUCUGAAUGAGGGACCCAGAGCGGCUCAUGUGGUAAAGCUGGAAAUAAAGAACAUCGAAACGAAAGAGGGCGAGGGUUCGUUUUCAGUCAAAGUAUAA